AAUAGUUAAAAUAAUAAAUUAGUUUCAAUUCGACAAUGGCUCUAUCGGCAGGUUUUACGGCUUCUUUGCCCACCAAUUACGAGUAUUACACUUCUACAGGAAUAAACUCGGGACUCAAUGCCAACCAGAGCUUUUUCACCCUCAAUGAUAAGCUGAUUAAGAUUUACAGUGGUGCAAUGCACUACUUUCGAGUACCCCGACCAUACUGGAGGGACCGCUUGAGGAAGAUUAGGGCUGCCGGUUUGAAUACUGUAGAAACGUACGUUCCAUGGAACCUGCAUGAACCGGAAAAUGGUAAAUUCGAUUUCGGCGAAGGAGGCUCGGAGUUUGAAGACUUCCUGCAUCUGGAGGAAUUUUUGAACGCAGCCAAAGAAGAGGAUUUGUUUGUUAUAUUAAGAACAGGCCCCUAUAUUUGCUCCGAGUACAACUCGGGAGGAUUCCCCAGCUGGCUGUUGCGGGAAAAACCCAUGGGAUUUCGGACAUCAGAGGAAAAUUAUAUGAAGUUUGUCACAAGAUUCUUCAAUCUUGUUUUGACUCUUCUAGCAGCCUUUCAGUUUCAACUAGGAGGCCCAGUGAUCGCUUUCCAAGUGGAGAAUGAAUACGGCAAUUUGGAAAAUGGAGCGGCUUUUCAGCCAGACAAGGUUUACAUGGAGGAAUUGCGCCAGCUGUUCCUAAAAAAUGGCAUAGUGGAACUUUUGACUAGUGCGGAUAGUCCACUGUGGAAAGGAACUUCGGGUACAUUGCCGGGGGAGCUGUUUCAAACAGCGAAUUUCGGAGAUAAUGCGGUAAAUCAGCUGAAUAAACUGGAGGAGUUUCAACCAGGCAGGCCGUUAAUGGUAAUGGAGUAUUGGAUAGGUUGGUUUGACAAUGUGGGGGGCGAGCACUCCGUUAAGUCCGAUGAAGACUCCCGAAGGGUUCUGGAGGACAUUUUCAGCAAAAAUGCCUCCUUCAACGCAUACAUGUUCCAUGGAGGGACGAACUUCUGGUUCAAUAAUGGAGCAAAUCUAGACAAUGACUUAAUGGAUAAUUCUGGAUACACUGCAAUAACAACCAGCUACGACUACGACGCCCCCAUUAGCGAAAGCGGAGGAUAUCGCAACAAAUACUUCAUAGUCAAGGAGCUGGUGGCCGCAGACAAUCCAGUUCAGACUUUCACACCAGAAGCUCCCGAAUAUAUCGAGCCUCUGGCCUACGAAAGCUCGCGAAUUGAGCAGUUUCUCCCAUUAAGAACUCUGCUGGAAGAAAAUUCUCCUAUAUCCAUUCGAAGCGAGCAACUGCUCCCCAUGGAGAUGCUAGACAUCAACGAUGGAUCAGGGCAGAACAAUGGAUACAUCGUCUACCAGAAGGACAACGUGGAUUUGGAGGAAAAUUCAGUGUUGACUAUUGAAGGUAAUGUUUGCGACACUGUCCUGGUUCUGGUUGAUGGAGAUCUAGUGGCGCCGACAAAAUUAAGCUCCUUGGCCGAUUUGGAUGGCUUCGGCUACUGGAGGCUCAAAGACUCUUCAGUGCAAAUCAACGAAGAACCGAAAUUUCAAUCAACAAUCACCCUAUUGGUGGAGAAUAUGGGACGAGUGCAUGGAGCUGGGAUUUAUCAAUAUAAUCACACUUUCAAAGGGUUAUGGCAAGGAAACGUAACUAUCAAUCAAAGAAACAUCUACGAUUGGGAAGUUGUGCCUCUGGAACUGAAGAAGCAAUGGAUAAAUGAACUGAAAGGAUGGUCUGAGUUCAGUACUGAAUCUUCAGGUCCAGGAAUGUACAAGGCAACUUUGUCAAUUCUUGAAGAGCCCAGAGAUACUUAUAUUGAUACAAGAGGCUGGGGCAAAGGAAUGGUAUUCGUCAACGGAUUUGCUUUGGGCCGAUAUGCAGCCAUCGGGCCACAAUUUGCUCUGUAUCUUCCAGCACCAUUUCUAGUCAACGGCGACAACAGCAUAAUUUUCUUCGAACAUUUCAGUGCGCCAGCUGAUGGCCUGAUUGCGUAUACGGACGAGCAAAUUUUCAUCAAUCCGACUUGAGCACAUUUUAAUUAAUUAACCCUAUCAUAAAGUGUUUGGUUUGGA